AUGGCCGAGAAGAAAACACUCGAAGUGGCAGACCUUCAUCUUGAGGAGAGUCAUGAAGCUACCAAAGAUAGUGCACUCCGUGCAGACGACGAGCUCGAACAUCAGCUCACUGUUACUUACAUGCUCAAGCACCACAAGACUCUGAUCUGGUGGACAUUCUAUUGGGCUAUGUGUGCCGUUGGCUGGGGCUUUGAUGCUCAAGUCAACGGAGCCAUGAUCUCUGUACCAGCAUUCAGACGGGACUUUGGAUAUCUCUUCGAAGGCGAAGCCGUCCUACCUGCCACCUGGCAAACUGCAUUCAGCGUUAUCACAACACCCGGUCAACUUCUCGGUGGAUUCCUUUGCAGCUAUCUUGCUGAUUCAUUCGGUCGCAAGACAUCUUUGUUGGCUGGCAUCAUCCUUUGUGCGGGCGGCAUCAUUGGACAACUCUUCGCAGCUACCCGAAUCGCCUUCCUCUGCUCUAAGCUUGUUCUUGGUUUUGGACUUGGUUUCUAUCUGACCAUUGGACCUCUCUGUACGUCCGAGGUCGCGCCUGUCGUUCUUCGUGGUAUUGCUACCGCUGGUGUCAACCUCGGCAUUGCUGUUGGUCAGCUUCUCUCAAACGCUGCUGUGGCGGGCUUCGGAGAAAGAGACGAUCAUUGGGCAUAUCGUGGUCCUUUCGCUCUUCAGCUGCUCUUCGCCGUCUUCCUACUUGUUCUUCUUCCGUUUGCUCCUGAGAGCCCCUGGUGGUUGAUCAAGAAGGGCAAGCAUGAGCAAGCAAAGAAGGCGCUCCAAAAGCUCUAUGGUCAGGAAGCAGACAUCGACAACAAGCUUACUGCAUUGCGGUGCACUGUUGCGAAUGAGACAAGAGACGGAGAAGUUAACUUCCUUGACUGCUUCAAGGGUACGAACAGAAUCAGAUCCUUCAUCUCGAUGGGCGUCUUUGCCUGCCAACACCUCGUUGGUAUUAUCUUCGUCCUCGGCUAUUCCACCUACUUCUUCCAGCUUGCUGGCCUUGAUGAUAGCAACUCGUUCAGUCUUGGCGUCGGUGUCACUGCUUGUGGCGUCACUGGCAAUUUUGUCAGCUGGUUCGUCAUCAACAAUGUUGGGCGUCGCAAGCUCUUUGUCGGAGGCAUGAUUGCACUCACUACUAUGCUCCUCCUGAUUGGUAUCAUGGAUGUCAUCCCCACAGGUGGUGCCAAAUGGGCUCAAGCUGCCAUCACUGUCAUCUGGGCUUUCGUCUACUUCAUGACCAUCGGUGCCAUGGCCUUUGCCAUUCUUGGCGAAACCUCGAACACCUCUCUCCGCGCUCAUACUGCUGCACUCGCCACGGCCACUCAAGCUAUCUUUGGCCUUGCUAUGAAUUUCGCCAUUCCCUAUAUGGUCAACCCUGAUGAAGGUAAUCUCAAGGGUAAGGUCGGCUUUAUCUUUGGUGGUCUGGGAGCACUCGCUACUGUUUGGGCUUGGUUCUUCGUCCCUGAGCUGAAGGGGCGCACCUUCGAUGAGAUUGAUCGCAUGUUCACCGAUCGCGUGCCUCCACGUAAGAUGGGAUCCCACGUACUGUCGUGA